CCCUUUGUUGUUCAAUGGCUUCUGUACUCUCUCUCUCACUCACUCACUCACUCACACUCUACCACAUCUAACCCAUGCCAUACAUGCCUGGCCAACAUCACCACCAUUAUCACUACCAACAGCUCAAUCCUCACGUAUACACCCCAUGCGACCCAAGAAUUUGGUCAAAUCGAGUGCAUCGCUAAGAAUGCCAUAGGAAUACAGCGGCAAUCGUGCAAAUACUUGAUCACACAGUCGGCCGAACCCUACUUUCCCUUCUCGUGUCAAGUGAUCAAUCAGUCCGACUGUACCCUCACAGUCAACUGCGCCCAACAGCCAACCCAUCACAACCGAUCCCAUGGGGGCACCGGUGGUGCCACCAGCGCGGCCAACAGCGCCCUAAACGCGUCGCUUUUAACUCAAUUACCGGUAGCGCAUAGCCAAAGGGUCAGCACCGGUAGCCAUAAUAAAGUGCAUGGUGAUAAUGUGUUUAGUGCCAGUAGUAGUAAUAAGCCAAUUAAUAAUAACAAACAUGGUGCCAACGCCAGCGUCGCCACCACCGCCAGCCCCUACAUGAUAGUCCAUCCGCACACGUACUACGUGUGCGAAGUGUACGACAUAGGGAACAAUGGGGGUGCAAACCAGGGGUUCAACACUCCCGGUGUCGGCAACCCUAGACUCAUAAAAAACGUGACGGUAGACGCGGUGAGGGCGCAGUUGAUGCGACACAACUCGACGUUUGACUUUUUUAUCGACCAAUUGCCGGCCAAAACCCAGUUAAAGCUCCGGAUAUAUGCGGUGAACAUCCGGAACAUCCGCUCCCACGGGGAUCAGGAGCUGCGCACACAGACACUACUGCCCGCCCAACGGCUCAUCGACUUUGACGGCACCGAUAAUAACACCGCCGACGGCGACGGGUCGGGAGGGGUUGGGGCGGCGGGUGUGCGCAUACACGGCAAGCACCUGAUUGUGGGUGUGUUGAUAUCGGCCGCCGCGGUGGCCGUAAUCGUGGUAAUUAUGGCGAUCAUCGCUGUGUUCAAAGUGCGCUACUCGUCCUCCAGCAUACACUUGGCUGCGAUCGACGCCCAGGCGCUGGACAGGGAGGGCGACGGCGGUGGCGACGGCUGCGGUUCCCAUAUGGAGACUAUGUUGGGUACGGGCGGUGGCGGCGGUGGGGGUCCCGGUGGGGGCGACUGCAACGACGAGUGUUCGUCGGACCAAACGCUGUUGAAGUGCGGCAACACAGCCCUCCACGACCCGGACGACGAGUGCCCCGACCAGUACAAGUGCGACCAAGAUCUCAGUUAUUACCAUAAUGGCGGCGGCACUGGCAAUGGCAAAGCGGGCCCACCCGACAUUAUACCUGUGCCGUAUUACGGUAGUCAUGUUGCUACCGGUGCUGGUGGUGGUCCCGGUUGUAGUCCCGGUGGUGGUAAUGUGUAUUACGGCACUAAUGAACGUGAUUGCUGUGACAGUAGUGUUGGUGAUAAUAAGGGCACCUGCAGUGGGGAUUGUUUUUUUACUGAUCAUGGUGCUGUGCCCGACAAUUCUGGUAAUUAUUUCGCUGCCACUGAACAUUACAAAAUGCAAGACAUGUACCCAACAAAAGGAUCCCGAGUAUACGUCUAUAACAAAGAAGUUGGUAAUAAAGUUGGCCACCAGUUAACCACCGAUUAUCAAAAUGUAUUACACGUUAAUCUAAUACCCGGUAAUAGUAAACAACAACAACAGCAACAAAUUAACAAUGUGGCCAAUAUUAGUCUAUGA